CCAUCAUCAUCAUCAUCAUCAUCAUCAUCAUCAUCAUUCAGCAUCAGCAUGAGAAUCACCGAACAGGAAGUGCAGGGAUGUUUCCUAAUCUAUCCUGAUUGCGGGGGCCACCCAGUGCAGGGGUGGAAUCUCCCAUGGUGGUGGAAGAAGCCAUGGUGAUUGGGCAGCAGAGCAUCUCGAGCUGGAGUGGCGAGGCGUCGUAUGACUUGGAGGACGAUUUGCAUUCCAAGGUUGCGAAUUACGUGGCAAAAAUGGACGUCGAGCCUGAAGCCUUGAGAGUUACCUUUGCAUACAAAGCCCUUCAAGGCUGCGCACAAGCACUCAGGUUACCAGCUUCCUCUGUUUACCUGCAUAGGGAGAGCUUUCGGAGUGAAAAAGUAUCUUGCUUUUGGUCGCAUUCGUGGCACGGUGGACCCUGGAUGAAAAUCCUAUCACUCAUGACUCGCUACAAUGGUUUACCAGCAGUUCUUUUGGGUUUCUUCACUGCUGUUCUUGCAACUGGGCUCUUCAGUUAUGGCUUCCUGCCGGGCAUAAGUGGCUUUCCUUCAGACCCUGGCUUGAAGUGGUCAGCCUGGUCACUGGGAAGUGGCUUCGCAGUAGCGCUGAUUACAUUUUUCCUUUGGCGGCCACAGCAGCUGGUGUUCCUUGAUGGAAUUUGCGUCAAUCAGCAUGACCAUCAGCAAAAGGCAGCAAGCAUAUUUAGUUUGGCAGGGAUCUUGAAAAGGUCGGAUCAAAUGCUCGUUUUGUGGGAUUCCACCUGGAGCGAUCGCUUGUGGUGUGUCUUCGAGCUGUCAGCCUUUCUGAAAAGCAAACAGGCGAGUGAACGAGUGUUGGUUAUCAGCCCCACGUUUCUGGGGCCAUGUUCAAUCAUACUCUUUAUCAGUGUGUUUAUUAUGAUGUUGCCUGUGAUCAUUGUCCCGAUGCUGGGUCUCUAUUCUGCUUCGGGGCAGUCCGUUUUCCUCAUCCCUACCUGCAGUGCCGUUCUCUUCAUCUUCGUCACUGGCUAUUUCGUUGUUGUGGCCCUCCGCAGGUAUUUCCGCUCGGUAGAGACAUUGAAGGAAAAGCUGCGCAACAUCAACUUCGAUAAUACCAGAUGCGCGUGUUGCGAUCAAGGCCAUCUUUGUGAGGGAGCCCCAAUGUUGUGCGAUAGAAGAAUUGUCAAGAAAUGUGUCUCAAUUUGGUUUGGCAGUCCAGAGGCCUUUGAAGACUACGUCCGAUCUGAAGUUUUCCAGGCACUAGUGCAGGAGUUGCAAGAGAAUGUCUUCACCCGAACCUGGAACCUUUCUGUAUCCAUUCCAAUUCUUUGGGCCUUCCUGGACUUUGGAGCGUCUUGGGCAUUGGGAGAGCGUGAAGAAGCAGCCAUUGGUGCGUGGAUUGAGGGCAUUGUGCUAUGGUUCUGGUGUGCCCCGAUCUUCAUAGAUUAUUGCACCUUCUUUGCGCGCAAGUACUGCAAGUGCGGAACUAGCAAGUUCCGGGAGGUGUUGCAGAACCUAAAAGUACUGCUGAUAGGAUCUGUCUUCUUUGCUGUGAUCCUUACAAGCUACAUCCUUCUGACCGCAGGAGGUCUCAGGGCUACGGGAGUCUUUGCAGGAGUGUGGUCCACCCUGGGCCUUUGCCAUGUUCUGUACGACGCUUUUAAGGCUUGGUAGGUGAAACUGGAGCAGAGCUGCUCGCGAAAGCGGAGAAAGGUGAAAUCGGCAGUCCAUGAAAAGUCGUUUCCAGAUGGGAGGAACACCACUAAAUCAACUAAUUAUCAUUAAGUCACUUCCAGGUUUGCCGAGCACCUCGCC